AUGGCGAAAUUCACGCAUCUGAUAUAUGGCUUAUGUAGCACAGUCUUCCUCUGCCUGUUCGCCUUGGGCGAGUCGAACAAUUCGACCGAAUGGCCGCUGAAAGACGAUGGACUGAACAAAGUGGUUCAGUGGGACCACUACAGCUUCCAGGUUAAUAGCCAACGCAUUUUCAUUUUCUCUGGAGAAUUCCAUUACUGGCGCAUUCCAGUUCCUGGCUUGUGGAGUGAUAUCCUCGAGAAAAUCAAAGCAGCGGGGUUCACGACGUUCGCCUUCUACUCGAGCUGGGCAUACCAUGCACCGAACAACCAAACUCUCGACUUUUCUACCGGUGCACACGAUAUAACCCCACUUUUCGAGCUGGCCAAAGAGCUGGGGCUCUACAUUAUCGUUCGCCCGGGCCCGUAUGUGAACGCAGAAGCUAACGCGGGUGGGUUUCCUCUUUGGUUAACGACUGGCGAAUACGGCACUCUUCGGAACAAUGAUACACGAUACACCAAGGCGUGGUCACCAUACUUUACGAAGAUGUCGGAGAUCACCAGCAAGUACCAAGUGACCGAUGGCGAAAACUCUAUUGUCUACCAGAUCGAAAAUGAGUAUGGCUACCAAUGGGAGGGCAGUGCCACUGCGAAAGUCCCGAACGAGACGGCUAUCCACUACAUGGAGCUUCUGAAGGCGAAUGCCCGUGAGAAUGGUAUUGUCGUCCCAUUGACAGCGAACGAUCCCAACAUGAACUCGCAUUCGUGGGGCAGUGACUGGUCUGAUGAAGGAGGCAAUGUUGAUGUUGCCGGCGUUGAUUCGUAUCCGUCUUGUUGGACCUGCGAUCUCAGCCAAUGCACUUCCACAAAUGGCGAAUACAUCGCAUUCUCAGUUAUGAAUUACUACGAUUAUUUCCAGGAAUCCCAACCAACAAUGCCAUCCUUCAUGCCCGAAUUCCAAGGCGGCUCCUACAAUCCCUGGGGUGGACCGGAAGGUGGAUGUGCCGAGAACUCGGAUGCUGACUUUGCCAAUUUGUUCUAUCGCUGGAACAUCGGACAGCGAGUCACCGCAAUGAGUCUAUACAUGUUGUUCGGCGGUACGAACUGGGGAUCUAUUGCUGCACCAGUCACGGCGAGUAGCUACGAUUACUCCGCACCCAUCUCAGAGGACCGCUCUAUAGGGUCAAAGUACUACGAGACAAAACUUCUUGCUUUAUUCACCCGUUGCGCGAAGGAUUUGACGAUGACAGACUUGAUUGGAAACGGGACGCAAUACACCGACAACGAGGCCGUGAGGGCAUACGAACUGCGGAACCCAGAAACCAAUGCUGGAUUCUACGCGACCUUCCACCUGAACACUUCUGUCGCUACAAAUGAGGCGUUUCAACUGAAAAUCAACACCUCUGCUGGAGCUCUCACUGUCCCAAGCCAUGGCAGCAAGCUCCGGCUCAAUGGGCACCAGUCCAAGAUCCUUGUGACUGAUUUCAGCUUUGGUUCUGAGACGCUCCUUUAUUCUACUGCGGAAGUCUUGACAUAUGCAGUCUUUGACAAGGUCCCAACACUGGUUCUCUGGGUUCCUACAGGUGAAUCGGGAGAAUUCUCUGUCAAGGGUGCGAAGAAAGGAGCGAUCAAAGAGUGCCAGGAAAGCUCGCAAGUCAAGUUCAUCAAGGAGCAUGGAGGCUUGACAGUUUCCUUCACACAGCCAUAUGGAAUGUCGGUCUUGGAACUUGACAACAAGAUCCGAGUCGUUCUACUCGAUAGAAAGACUGCAUACAAGUUUUGGGCUCCGGCACUGACCAAUGAUCCAUUGGUGCCAGAAACAGAAAGUGUUCUCAUCGAAGGGCCCUACCUGGUCCGCGGAGCUAGUCUGUCUGGCAAAAAGCUUUCCAUCACGGGUGACAUUGUCAAUGCAACAACAAUGGAAAUAUUCGCCCCGAAAGCUGUUAACUCCAUCACUUGGAACGGGAAGGCGAUCAAGACUCACCGUACCGAUUACGGAAGUCUAAGGUGCCAGCUACCUGCUCCGAAAGCUAUUACCUUGCCCGAAUUUGGCUCGUGGAAGUCUAAAGAUAGUCUUCCAGAGCGACUUGUCGGUUAUGAUGACUCUGGACCAGCUUGGGUUGAUGCGGACCAUAUGACAACUUUGAACCCCAGGACCCCUACCACUCUUCCAGUCCUAUAUGCCGAUGAAUAUGGGUUCCAUAACGGCGUUCGCCUCUGGCGCGGUUAUUUCAACGGCACUGCUACGGGAGCUUUCAUCAAUGUCCAAGGAGGUUCCGCCUUUGGUUGGUCUGCCUGGCUGAAUGGCCAGUUCCUCGAUUCCUACCUGGGCGAUGCUUCAGCAGAGCAAGCAAACCUGACUCUCUCGUUCUCGAACGUGACCCUGAAUACGGACAAACCGAAUAUUCUGCUAGUAGUCCAAGACGACAAUGGUCACGAUCAAACAACCGGCGCCCUCAAUCCCCGCGGAAUCCUCGAAUCCCGCCUUCUAGGCUCCUCCACCGGGUUCUCGCACUGGCGACUUGCUGGAACAGCAGGCGGCGAGUCAAACAUCGAUCCCAUUCGUGGCUCCUACAACGAAGAUGGGCUCUACGGAGAGCGAGUGGGAUGGCACCUACCGGGUUAUGAUGAUUCGGCCUGGGAGACUGCAUCGACCAAGAAGAACAGUGCCGCUUCGAUCUUGCGUGUUGAAGGAGCAACUGUCAAAUUUUUCCGUACUAGGAUUCCGCUUGACCUUCCCUCCGGCAAGGAUGUCUCUAUUUCGUUCGUUCUCUCCACACCACCUGACUCCGCCAAAUCAUAUCGGGCGCAGCUGUUUGUGAAUGGCUACCAGUACGGUCGAUACUAUCCUUAUGUCGGCAACCAAUUGGUCUACCCUGUACCACCAGGAAUUUUGACAUACAAUGGAGAGAACACGAUCGUCAUUGCGGUUUGGUCACAGACGGAGCAAGGUGCAAGUAUCGGUAUUGAUUGGAGAGUAAACUAUGUCGCGGAUAGUUCUUUGGAUACGAGAAAUGUCGGUGGGAAGGAAUUGAGACCUGAGUGGACUGAGGAGAGGAACAAGUAUGCUUGA